AUGGCUGCCAAGGGUCCUGGCCCUCUCAAGCUGGCCAGCAGGGCCUUGCUCGCCCGCCACAACCCUCCGAUCCUCACCCCACGCCGGACCUUCCUCGACUCCGUCUUCCAAGCCAACAAGCCCCUGACCAUCAACGUCUCCCGCACCCUCCCGUACCCACGCGAGAAGCUCUACGACCUCAUAGUCGACGUGGACGCAUACUCCAGCUUCCUCCCCUACUGCCAGCACAGCCGCGUGACGGCGUGGUCCAAGCAGCCCGGCGCAGACGGCGCCACCGGCGGGGGUCGCGCGUGGCCCACCGAGGGCGAGCUCACCGUCGGCUUCGGCCCCAUCACGCAGUCGUACACGAGCAGGAUAGUCUGCGUGCCGGGCCGCAGCAUCGAGGCCCUGAGCGGGAAGCAGGAGGGCGCCCCCGCCGGCAGCCCGUUCGAGAGCCUGGUCACCAAGUGGACGGUCGGGGACGCCAUCGUCAAGCGCAUCGGCACCUGGUCCACCGUCGACCUCGACCUCACCAUGCGCCUCGCCGACCCGCUUGUGCAGAUGAUGCUGUCGAAAGUCGUCGACGAGACGGCCACCAAGAUGGUCGACGCGUUUGAGCAGAGGGCGAGGGAAUUGUUUGGGGACUCAGACGGGUGA